CCCUACAUUAACCAACAAAAAAAAAACCUAACGAACUCUAAUUGAAAUGUACGUUAACAGGUAGGGAAAGCAGAAUAGAUAUGGCACAAUAUUUGCCCAAUGUCCUCCCCUGAUAUGGCGGGCAUUAACGAAAUUGCCAUAUCGAAAUUGGCAUUGGGUAUAAAAACAAAGGUGCCAUCGCACAGGACAAACAGUUGGCAUCGUCAUGUCCUUGCCGUGGCUGAAACAGCUCCUGCUCAUCCUAACCGUGGCCCAAUUGUGCGGGGCAGGUGAGAAUCACAUAUCUUUGAGCACCAAGAAGAGCUCGAACUUAAUGGUAAAGAUGAGCGAGAUCCUGUGCAGGGCCAAGAUUAAGGUGCUAUUCGUGUACUUUGAAAACCAAACAUCGCACGAGCACACAGGCCAGAUCCUUAAGGAGGUGACCAAAUGCGACAUAUCCUACAUUUCACUGAGAAACCAAAAUGGUCCCCUGGAGGUGGUCAGGGAUGAUGGAAUACUCAUGUAUAUGGUGAUGAUUAUCACAAACAUCUCCCAGCCCUUGGAAUUGUCGCUGUUACGUAAGAAAUCCGCUGCUAAACAUCGGUCACAUGUGUUCCUCUUGGUGAGAGAUGCGGACACCGUUUCCGAUGCCUGGAUGAGGGCCAGCUUCCGGCAAUUCUGGAAACUCUGGUUCCUGAACAUAGUGAUCCUUUACUGGAGAGACAAUCGUUUGCAUUCCUAUCGCUACAAUCCCUUUACGGACAACUAUCUGAUACCUGUGGAUCAUGCACCGGAUGGAGUGCCCAGCUUGGAGCAACUCUUUCCCAAAAACAUUCCCAAUAUGCAAAGAAAGCCGUUGAGGAUGUGCAUCUAUAGGGACGACGUGAGGGCCAUCUUCUGGCGACAGGGAAUCGUCCUAGGCACCGAUGGCCUGAUGGCGGGCUAUGUGGCUGAGAGACUUAAUGCCACCAUGAUGAUAACUCGUCCGCAUGCCUAUAAUAACCACAAUCUGAGCUCAGACAUCUGCUUUUUGGAGGUGGCCAAGGAGUUUGUGGACAUGGCCAUGAACAUCCGCUUCCUGGCACCGGAUACCUUUCAGAAUAUGGCGGAGAGCACUGUGUCCCAUAUGCGGGAUGAUCUGUGUGUGAUUGUGCCCAAGGCUAAAACAGCUCCUACUUUCUGGAACAUAUUCAGGUCGUUCGGUCCAUUGGUUUGGUCCCUCAUCCUGGCCUCCGUUAUACUUGGCAAUAUCUUUUGCUAUUUGUUAAGGGAAGGUGUGGGCGGUGUUUUUUUGCAGCUUUUUGCCGGAGCCUUAACCCUGCCUAUGACUGGCAUUCCACGCAAUCACUCUCUUCGACUUUUCCUCAUCUUUUGGCUGUACUUUGGAUUACUCAUCUGCUCCGCGUUUAAGGGCAACUUGACUAGCAUGAUGGUGUUCCAGCCAUAUCUGCCGGAUAUCAAUAAAUUGGGAGCUCUGGCCAGGUCGGACUAUCGCAUCCUGAUCCGUCCGCGGCACCUGAAGCACAUCCGGCAUUUCCUGACCCUCGGGCACAAGCACGAGGCCAGAAUACGACAGCUAAUGCUACAAAUGCCGGACGCCGAGAUGUACAAACUUCUAAAGAACAACGAUCGCAGAUACGCCUAUUUGGAGAAGUAUCACAUUGCCCGCUUUCACGUAAACAACCGGAUGCAUAUGCAGCUGGGACGUCCGGUUUUCCACCUGAUGAACAGCUGCCUGGUUCCGUUCCAUGCCGUUUAUAUUGUGCCCUACGGUUCACCCUAUCUGGGCUUCCUGGACUCACUGAUCCGGAGCUCUCAUGAGUUUGGCUUCGAGCGCUACUGGGACCGUAUCAUGAACUCCGCCUUCAUAAAGGCGGGAGUGAAUAUGGUGAAACGUCGUAGGGGUAGCACCGAUGAUCCGGUGGUCCUUAAGCUGCAACACUUUCACGCCGUGUUCUCUCUGUGGCUAGUGGGGAUCGGGAUGGCAUGUUUGGUGCACAUCUGGGAGCAUUUGAACCACAACUACAACUGGGCUAUAACGAGGCGGCGGCACUAACUCACGCACAGUUUCAUGCAACAUGCAACGGCUGAUUGGGCACAACUAAGA